AUGGCGCCCCAAUCACGGCGCCAACUUGGCGAUCGCGUCUAUGUGCUAGGCGUGGGCAUGUCGCCUUUCCUCAAGCCAAACCCCAAGAGAGAUUAUCCCCAGAUGGGCCUUGAGGCUGGCACAAAAGCCCUUCUAGAUGCUGGAAUCACUUACGAUGAAGUUGAACAGGGCUUUGCCUGCUAUGCCUAUGGCGACUCGACUUCGGGCCAGAGAGUCUUCUACCAGUUCGGUAUGACCGGUAUCCCGAUUAUCAACGUCAACAAUGCCUGCACGACUGGCUCGUCAGGUCUUUAUCUUGCUCGCCAAUCCCUCAGCCUGGGUGGCGCAGAUAUCGCUUUGGGCCUCCAUGCUGAGAAGAUGUUCGACCUCAACCCAAACAGCGAGCCGGGAAACAUCAGCCUGUUCGGCAAUGCAGGGUUGGAAUAUAUUGAAAAACUAGCCGAAAUAGCCAGAGUCAACCACCUAAACAGUGCGAAGAACCCCUACAGCCAAUUCCAGACAAUAUACACACUCGAUGAGAUCAAGAAGAGCCCCGCACUUUAUGGCCCAGUCACAAAGCUGCAAUGCUGCCCGACUUCCGACGGCGCUGCUGCUGCUGUCCUUGUGUCAGAACGGUGGCUGCACAAGCAUCCCGAGCACCAGAGCAAAGCUAUUGAAAUCGCAGGGCAAGCAAUAGUCACUGACCAAGCCGAGACAUUUGGAUCCUCGUCCAUGGAUCUCGUCGGAUUCCAGAUGACAAAGCGUGCGGUCGUCGCCGCGCUCGCAGAAGCAAACACGCCAGUCGCACGCGUAGGCGUCUGCGAGCUGCACGACUGCUUCGCCGCCAACGAGCUGGCCACCAUCGAUGCGUUGGGACUAUGCGAGCCCGGUAAGGCUGGCCAAUUCGUCCGCAGCGGAAACAUCUCUCAUGGCGGUCGCGUAGUCGUCAACCCAUCCGGCGGCCUGAUAUCCAAGGGCCACCCUCUAGGCGCCACCGGGCUCGCUCAAUGCGCAGAGCUGGUCUGGCAACUCAGAGGGUGGGCGAAUAAUCGACUUGCGCCGUACACAACUGUGGCCCUGCAGCAUAAUCUGGGCCUAGACGGUGUUGCUGUGGUGUCUGUGUAUAAGCGCGCGGAUGGGUUGGCAAAUGCUCCCAUGACCGAUAAUGAGGUCUCCGGGGUUUCAGGGGUGAGUUAUAACCCUGCCACGGAAGUAAGGCAGGUCACCGUGGAGCAGAUUAAGAGUGUCUUAAGCAGGCCGCAUAAUAAUCAAUGGGUCCGUGUGGGUGGCCGUGGCGGUGACUUGGAAGCCUCUUUCCUUGCUAGAAUUUGA